AUGUCAACGUGCAUUUUUUUCGGAUUUCUUAAAAAAUUGGCUCUCUUCAUUUUAAUUGCAGCUAUUGCUAUUCCUCUUCAUUAUGGUUCAACCAAUGUUAAACAUCUUCGAAUUCGUCUACUACAUUCUAUGUUAUCAAUCAAACAUUCUUUCUUACCGGAUCAAGCUCGACCAACUCUCAGUGCAGACUAUCGAGCUUUUGAAGACAUAAUCGUUAUGAUGCCAUUAGGAGAACUUGAUCCAUUAGCAAAUCUAAGUACUAUAAUGAAAGAAUUACGAUCAGGCUUUACGCUGGGUACGACUGUUCCUAAACCAUCACAAUGUCAAGUCAAUAAAGAAGUGUUUGAACAUGAUGGACAUACAGUAGAUACCUAUUGGGUUAAUUAUCAUGGAAAAAAUUUUCAAAGAAACUCUGAUAAAAUCUUGCUCUUUUUUCAUGGUGGAGGAUAUAUGCUGGGCGAUAUUCUUAAUUAUAGUGGAUUUGAAUGUCAUUUGUCUCGUCUUUUCAAUGUAACCAUACUUCAUUUGGAAUAUCGACUUUGUCCAGAAUAUCCAUUACCUGCAGCAGUUGAUGAUGCAGUUGCACUUUACCAUGCAUUUCUUCGUGAUCAUAUUUCACCUUCUCAAUUGCUUUUUAUGGGUGAUUCAGCUGGUGGUGGUCUUUCUCUAUUAACAAUUCAAGCUUUACUUGCUCGUCAAUUACCUGUUCCCCGUGGUGUUAUUGUCCUAUCUCCAUGGACUGAUCUUUCAGCAUCUGGAGAAAGUUAUAAACGUAAUCGUAAAAUUGAUGUAAUAUUUCGUAAUACUAAAGAAGACAACGGUAGUGCCGUUCAGUUAAUGUUGGGUCCUAAUCCUUCUCAAUUAUCUCCUGAUAAUCCUAUUUUUAGUCCUUUAUUUGGUUCCUUUGAAGGAUUUCCACCAAUGUAUAUUAAUGUAGGUACAGCUGAAAUAUUAGAAGAUGAUUCACGACGAAUUUUCAAGAAAGCACAAGAAUCAGGUGUCUCUGUGACAUUUGAAGAAGGUUUACAUUUAAUGCAUGUCUAUCCAGUGUUUUUUCUUUAUUAUCCUGAAGCACGAAAUACACUUGACAAUAUUAAUAAAUGGAUUCAAACAAUUUUUGAUCAAAAACUCAAUGAAUAA